AUGACUCUGAGCAUCCUGACGGCGGCGAGAGCUGUCAUUGUCACAAGACUCGACGCCUGGACCCCGUCCCAGAUCCACAGGACCCCAGAGCCUAAACUAGUCAAAUGGGACAGCUCCGGCGGGAGGCAUUCCGCUACAAAACGUCCGGCUGUGCCCGUCCGCCAAAUCAUCGAAAGAGUUACCGCAUACGGACUUUCGUGGGGUCCCCUGCCAAACAACAUGAAGAUUUCAAGAUCUCAUACCUUGGACAUGGCCACCUCAGACUCUCGGUUGACCAAGAAAGGAGAUGCGAGGCCUUAA